CAAUGCAAAGCAAAAUCAGAUAGCUACUUACGACAUAAGUUUGCUCUCUGCAAAGCUCAUUGCUCUUUCCUCUAGGACUUUCACUCUUGGGCCGAAUGUCUUCAGUGUUGCUCAGGAGCAAGCCACCUUGCGGGCGAACAGGGCCACUCCUAUCACAUCGCCAAGCUCGAAACGGUGUGGUCAUCCGCGCAGCAGCUGAUAACCAGCUGCUGAAAAAGCCGGAGCUGAAACGGCCGGAGCCAGAACAAAAGAAACUAUUCAAUGAUGCAUCAGCGGUCUCCACAGCGACGGCCACGAAGCCCAGCGGGUCGCUGAGCGGGGGCGUAACCAUCGAAUAUCAGCGCCAGCGGGCAAAGGAGAUGCGCCAAUACUUCAUCGACAUGCGGGCAGAGGAGAUGCGGGUGAAAUCAAAGGUAUUCGGCUGGACUCCAAAGAACGAGAUUUCGAACGGCCGCUGGGUAAUGUUCGGACUGCUGGUCGGCAUGCUCACAGAGUACGCCACCGGAGUGGACUUCAUCGACCAACUGAAGCUGAUGGCGACCUACCUGGGCAUCGUGGACAUUGACUAAACAGCGGUUGACCCCAACUGCUCUGCGGUUGUACGACAUGUACGGCACCGAGCGCUACAGCUGCGGGAUGGCCGUGGCAGGAGCACAGCCGCGCGUUGCUCUGUUGCGGGAAAUGUGUGUCCGAGGCCAUGCACCGACGUAGUUCGUGGCGCAGCACGCAUGCAUGCAAACACGCUGCAUUGCCUUGGGUGGCUCCUAUUGCUUCGGGAGGGAGGCGUGCUGCACGUAAGGGUAUGGUGCUGCCGCUGGUGGCACGGCACCUCUUUAGGGUUUGUACGGGGGAGUGUAACGUACCGUAGGACAGGAGCUCGGAUGUAUCAAGAUAGGACUUUGAGCCGCUUGAGUUAUACAUAUACCAUGGAUUCGGAUCUGCAGGCGGAUGAGGGACGGAGGGGAGGUUAAGAGAAGAGUCGCCUUAGUCAUUGCUAUGUAUCGAGGGGUGUCGAGGGGAGAAGCCCCACAUGAACUUAACAUGCCCAAGAGAGGAAAGUGGCCAUAUCAACCAUAUUAUGCGUGAGAUUGAAAGAGAAGCCGAGAGUGUGUUAACGCUAUGUCUGCAUGUAACGCAGGAUUACGUAACAGUAUUUAUCGUAGGGUUCUGGGUGUCCAGCUGCUUGUCUGUUGGUAUGCGUUGUUG